AGCAUGUAAUCGGUUUACGAAAUUCAGUGUUAUUUUCAAUAACUAGACCAUUACCAAAUUUUAGUUAGAAUUCAAAGCCAUCUGUGUUGCAAUGAGGUUUAUGCUCGCAGUUUUUGUUCUUAUCAGCCUUUUUGCUGCCAUUCUAGCGGCUGGCAAUCCAGUUUGUUCGCUGCCAAAAGAUGUAGGACCAUGCCGGGCCGGAAAACCUAGGUUUUUCUAUAACACAGCGACAAAACAGUGUGAACGCUUCAUGUACGGUGGAUGCCAGGGAAAUGAAAAUAACUUUGAAACAAUUGAUGCUUGCAAGGCGGCUUGUUCAAAUUAAUUCAAGGAAAAUGCGGAAAAUGAAAGGAAAAAACAAAUAAAAAUAUGUUGAAAAUCA